CAAUGACAUCACCAAAAAUGACCGGCCUGUAAAAUUAAGAUGCGAAUUCGGGCAACUGCCAAGUAAACCAAUGGUUAAUCCAGGAGGUAGCUAUCCACUUAGAAAUAGACGUCGAGUUACAUGAACAUAACUUAAUCUCUUUGUUACCCGCGUAUAUUCCGUAACCCACCCCUAAUCUCACCAUUGCUUUGGUCGCCCAAUGCCUUGCUUCAACCACACGAGUCAUCACAGCUUGUAGAAAGCUGCUUCUUUGCAAGCUACACCUGUAAUCCAAGCUAAGCUCGUAGACACACGACCAUGAAUACGGCUACCGUAUCUAUGGCGGUUACGCCAACCGUCCUGUCGACCUUUCUGUCUCACUACCUUAAUCGCAAACCGUUACGCGAACGGCCAACUGCCCAUCUUUCGUAUGACGAGGGACUACACCUCAUACGGUCUUUCCUUUCGUUCGCGUCGCAUCACACGGUCGAAGACAUCCAAGCCUUCACUUCGCAAUGGGUGCCACACCCGCAAUGGGUUAAAGUCGAUCAAGUAGAGAUCCCGGAGUCCAAGCUUGUAGAAGCUGCGGGCGCUUUGCAGGAGCAGUUAGGACCGGAUGGUAUCAAGAAGGUCGGCGGCCGGAAUUGGUGGCAAUGGCGGAAGCCUGGCAGUCCCCUCAAGGCGGAAUGGAUCGAGAUGAAGGCUGAUUAUCAUGAGCGCAAGAAGACUGGCGACCCAGGCAAGAGAGUCAUGCUCUAUGUUCAUGGAGGUGCUUAUUUCUUCGGAAGUGUUGAUGAGCAUCGGUACCAGAUGCAGCGACAUGCGCGGAAACUGAAAGCUAGGGUCUUCGCGCCUGAAUAUCGAUUAUCUCCCCAGUUUCCCUUUCCAUGUGGCCUCCAGGAUUGCUUAGCAGCGUAUUUAUACCUGCUUACGACUCAGGACCCAACUACAAUUAUUCUUGCCGGAGACUCAGCUGGCGGCGGGAUGGUCUUAAGCAUGCUGAUUACUAUGAGGGACAGAGACAUCCCUUUGCCUGCUGGUGCUAUUCUUAUUAGUCCUUGGGUGGACUUGACACACUCCUUUCCUAGUGUUUCUCAGGAUUGCCCUCUAGAUUAUAUUCCCCAAUGUGGCUUUCAUCAUAAGCCAUCCAAGGCGUGGCCUCCUCUGAAUGCGGACGAGUACGCGGAAUUGGUUGAAGAGGUAAAUAAGAACAAUAAGACGGGCCAAGCCAAACUGAAACCCGCUUCGGUGGAAAUGAAGCCUCUCCCUCAAGACCUCGCGCAGCUUAAUGCGAUGGCAACAGACAGUGACUCUCCGGGCGCUACUCUUGCCGAAACCUCAUAUAUAUCGAUUAAUCUCGAUGGCAAAGAAGUUAAGCUCAAAGAUCAGCUUCAGAUGUAUACAACCAACGAGCUCCUAUCGCAUCCUUUGGUUAGCCCUGUUAUGCAGCCUACCCUUGGUGGACUACCACCUCUACUUAUCAUGACGGGUGGUGGGGAAAUCCUUCGAGAUGAACAGAUAUAUCUAGCACAUAAAUGUGCCAAUCCAUCCCAGUACCUACCUCCAGAGUCUUCGAUGCACGAGUCAGCAUACGAACAAUUGAAGCGUUUUAAACCAACCGAUGUUCAGCUUCAAGUUUGGGAUGAUCUGUGCCAUGUCGCACCAACUCUGAGUUUCACUAGGCCGGCAAAAUUCAUGUACCGCUCGAUAGCCCAGUUUGGUGCUUGGGCUUUGGCGAGAGCCCAGAAGACAGGAAUUGAGAUCCUAGAUGAUGAUGAUAUCUCUGUCAUAUCGAACUCCAGUGUGAGUUCAGAUAAUGAAGUUACGGAUACAGUUACGGAUACAGUUACUAAGGAGAAAAGUAAAACGGAAAGUGAUGCUGAAGUUGAGGUAGGGAAAGCUGGUGACCCCUUGCCACCAUUCAAAAAUCAUAUGAUCCGCCAGCGUGUCAGCCGCCAUGGAGUUGUUAGGCACCUGGAGCCUGCCUCCGAGCUGGUUGGUUGCACUAUGGACCGGAACAGCAUAGGCGUUGUCAAGGAGACCCCAGUACGAAGGUGGCUUGAAACGCGAGCUCAGUGGAAUAAACGCUAUGGUAGCAUCCGUACAAAGAUACACAAGAAGCGUCUUAAGGAGAUGGCCGCAGGUUACGUGGGGUUUGACGGAGAGACACCACCUCCAGCCGCUCUUGCUAGCAGGCGUAGGGGAGCCGAGGACCUCGCAGAAAAGAAGAAGACGAAGAGUAUAGGUCUUGCUCUAUGGUCGCUCUGGGGAUCUAAACACGACGAAGCUACAGUAACCAGAGAAGAUGAAGCAGAUAGAGCCCCAGAAGUCAAAGAUGCUACUACCGAAGAAGGAGAGGGAGCCCGCUCACCAGAUGAUCUUCAAAGGCAAGGGAAGGAAGUAGCCAAGCGAGAACUUGGGCAUAACCGAAGCCGAUCAAGGACGAAAAUAGUCAGGGACGAACAGCAGAUCGCCGAUGAUGACGUUAACGAAAGUACCUCCAUCGAUAUGCUUAUGGCUCAGCGUGAAGAGAAAUCAAGACAAGCCGAGUCACUGCCGUCUCCUAGAGGCAGUCUUCUCACGCCAGAUUACUUUUCGCAUGAGACAGGUGUCGCGGGCAAGCGACCUACUGUGGGCGGCAUCGCUGUACCUUUCAGCCUCAAUAAGGAGGCCGAGACGGCCAGCAUGAUCACAUUGACUUCAGCCUUCGACCAACCAGAUCGAGUUGCGAGUCCUAGGCCAUUGAGUCUAGAGCUUGAUGCCAUGGCAACGACCAGUGCCGCAGUUGUCGCUGCCGUCACCGAAAAGGCGAGGGAUGAAGUAGUUGACCCUGACUUGCUAAAGCAACAAGGAGCUGGUUCUCGUGAAAUUGUCGUCCCUAUAACCGCCGACAUGGCGGACGGUCCUAGGACCCCUAUGGCUGCUUACCCUACGCCAGGUAGCGAGGCCAUCAGUACGCCAGCAACGCCGCUGAUCACUGUGGGCGGGGUCGGUACAAGCCUACAAAGGCCACCACUGGAGACAUUCGUUACCGCGCAGGAGGAUCUACCUACCACGAAAUGAUCCUUUUAUAUUUGAGGUGUUGGUGAGAAGGAAAACAACAAUAUACCCGGUACACUAUCUCAUUUGUCCGGUCUUGGAUAGUGCGUCGUGCCAUUUUAUUCUUAUUUUUAUAUACCCUCGUUAGUAAUAAUCUAGUUAGUAAUAGUAUUCGAAAUUGAAUUUGAACUUGAACUUUGA